AUUUGUUAUCAAAUUGUUGCAUUUUGAACAGGGUUCUGUUUAAAUAAGUAAACUGUAAGUAUUAUAAGUUAUAAUGGGAGAGUUCAACGAAAAGGUUGUCUUACUUACAGGUGCAUCUAGUGGUAUUGGCGAAGUAAUUGCUUACACUUUUGCAAAGAACGGAGCUUCUCUAUCUCUGUGUGGAAGAAACCCGGAUAAUCUAAAUAGAGUGGCAGACAAAUGUAAAGUCGAAGGUGCCAGCAAAGUGAUUACAAUUUGUGCUGACUUGGUUAAACUGGAAAAUAUGAAUAGAAUGGUGGAAGAGACGGUUACAAAACUUGGUCAAAUUGACGUACUAGUUAAUAAUGCAGGUUUUGGGAUUCUUGGUACAAUAGAAACUGCAAACAUAGAAGACUUUGAUAAAAUUUUCGCUGUGAAUGCGAAAGCACCUUUGUAUCUUACACAGUUAUGCAUUCCACAUCUCAAGAAAACGAAAGGUUGUAUAGUUAACGUAUCUAGCCUUGUAACUACAGUAUGCCUCACAUAUUUUCUGCAAUAUGCGAUGGCAAAAUGCGCGACGGAUCAUCUGACAAAGUCUUCAGCAUUGGAGCUUGCAAAGUACGGAAUUCGUGUGAACGCCGUGAAUCCUGCUGUUACGAAAACCGACUUCUUUGAGCGCAUGGCUGGAGAAGAUAUGGCUAAACAGAUUUUUAAGGAUCACAACUUAUUGCACCCACUAGGUGGCAGUUGUUUGGAAUCAAGCGAAAUAGCUGAUAUUGUUCUCUUCCUUGCAUCUUCGGGUGCAAGGUCUAUCACUGGUACAUGUCUUCCUGGGGAUCGGGGUAGAAAUGUUCUCGGUCAUUAAACUUAAUUCAAACUGCAUGCGAUAUGCUUUGACUUUAUAGUAUUGUGUGAUACGGGGAUAAUUCCCACCAUUAUGUUAUAAUAUCUAUAUAAUACUAUGGCCGACUUACAUUGUAUUAUACGAAAUAGUCAUCAAUCCAGCUUCCUAUUAUUGUUUAGUACACCGCUAAGUUAUAAUCUUUAUGUGGUUAUUUAUGUUCGUCGCAGACAUUCUAUUUAAAUAACGCCAAUGAGCCCUUGUAGCAUUGUAUAGUACUAUUGGGUAAGAUGGGACGCAUGUCACACAUACUAUACCCAAAUCUGGAUCGUGAAACAGUUAACAACGGUCUAUAUAUUGGAAUCGUGAGGAUGCAGUUUUAUAAAUGUUUUAAUGUUCCUUGUUCACAAAUGGGACGAGAAAAUAAAAUGAAUAGGUGUCCCAUCUUCCCCUACCUUACUUUAUAUAUCGUCAAAUACACAAAUCAACAAUAAAAAUAUACUGGUGUCGCGGUUGACUGUGGUUCGAGCACAGAUAUAUAUAUUUUAGUUUAUCCAAAUUUAAAUAAAGCAUACAAAUCGAAUAUUAAACUGCCGUGUUGCGUAACUGUGUUUAUUUUUGAGCGACACAUCCUGCGUGUACAAGGAAAUGCUAUGAUAUUCUGUCAUUCUUUGGUGUAAAUUAACUCUUCCUUGUUUUGUGUUUGCGCACAUGUUUCACGCUAUAAAAGUCCUUCUAUUUUCUGUGUUAUUAGGGCAGUAAAAACACUUUUAUACUCGUGCUGUCCUCACGUUUGUCCCUAGCCUGAUAUCGCUUGUUUGUCCGCUAAUAAACUGAGUUGUCGACCUAGUGUGUUAUUGAGUCGUUCCGUUAAGAGGGGUUCAAGCCUUGAACUGACUACCGCAUCUCAACAGUUGGAACAUCUCGAGUCGUGAAUACAGGAUAAACAGAAUGGCCAAAUCUGAAAAUGAAGGUUUCAGAAUGGCCGAAUCUGAAAAUGAUUGUUUUCAUGGAAUAGUCUUCCAUGAGAUAAAGUAGUAUCCAACCAUCAUCAAGCUACGAACAAGCGUGAAGACAGCAAGAGUUUAAGAAAGCUUCUACUGCCCUCACAACACAGAAGAUAGGAGAGUUUUUAUAUUA